AUGUUAACUCGUUCAGUGCACUCGCAGAUAGCUCUUUUCAUGGACGACGCCCGGCAGAGCGACAACUGCAAAAGUUGGAGUGCCUGGGGCAACUGUAUCUGGAUCAAAGGACCGCACCGUUCGCGGACCGGCGGCGUCCAUCCAUGGAAUCGCAAUUACUUUGACCAGCUGUCCCCGGUGUGUCAGAGAAACUUUUUCUACUCGAAAAUACACCAGGACUACGGCGAGGCGAUAAACAAUGCAGUCGAGUACUUCAGAUCGAUAACGGUCAACGAACAACCGUGUGGCAUGUGCUCGUUCAAGCAGUCGUGUGGAAUCAACUGCGAAAAGAAGAACAAGGGAACUUACUAUAAUAAAAUCUUCGUGGCAGAAGAGCUGUGCCAUCCGCAAGACUUGAAUGGGUACACCCAAGAGUUGGCGUGCUUCGCGGAUCUUUCUGAUUAUCCACAACACAUGGACGAAUGUAAGAUAUGGCCUAACAAAGCCGUGAAACUGCCACGAGUUCCACCGAAGUAUAAGAAGAUGGUCAGCGGAAUGCGUUUCACGAAUUGCAUCAAAGCGAGGGAAAUGAGCGGAAAGCAGAUCUGCCGGUGUUGCUGCACUCCGUUCGAACCAGACCCGAAGGACUGGAAAUGCAAGCACCGCGACGAGAACGGGGUACUGAAGUCGAUUUACAGCGCAUAG